AUGGUAUAUGUCAGAUUAAUAUUAGGGUACACAUACCCAGCUUUCGAGUGCUUUAAAACGGUGGAGAAGAACAAAGUUGAUAUCGAGGAACUCAGAUUCUGGUGCCAAUACUGGAUACUGUUGGCGCUAAUUUCAUCAUUCGAGAGGGUUGGCGAUAUAUUUAUCUCAUGGUUACCGUUGUAUGGAGAAAUGAAAGUGGUCUUCUUCGUAUAUCUUUGGUAUCCGAAGACUAAGGGAACGAGACAUGUGUAUGAGACAUUGCUGAAGCCAUACAUAGCUCAGCAUGAGACAGAAAUUGACAGAAAGAUUAUGGAGUUGAGAGCUAGAGCUUGGGACUUUUUCAUUUUCUACUUCCACAACUUUGCCCAGGCUGCUCAAGCCACCUUCAUCCAGGCUUUUCAAUAUGUACUCGCCCAAUCGCUCCGGUUCCCUGCCGCAGCCGCAGCUAACCAACCGCCAAACGUAAAUGUGAAAACGCAGUCACCGGUGGAGACAGAAAGUGUACCGCACUCACCGCCCGCCCCUAGACCGUUGAACAAAUCACUAUCAGCGUUGCGAUCGUUAGAGAAGCAAACGAGUAGGGGGAGGCAGUGGCCACCACCGACACCACCACAGACACCUGGUCGUGAAGCAGCCGGAGCGUUCAACGGAGAAGGAGUCGACAUUCCGGAUACAAUUCCAGGAUCACCCAUCACCGAGGCUCGAGCCAGGCUUCGCCGUUCUAACUCCAGGUCUCAGGCCGCAGCAUAG